CAUCUAAACCCUCACUUCGGUGACUGAAAGAAAAAAAUGCAGACCGGACACAAAAGAAAGCAACAGCAUGAGCUUAAACCUCGAACCAACAAAAAAUCAGCCGAAACCAUAAGCAACAUUAAAGAAGAAGAGCCAUUUCCAACUCACGCUCGACCUACACCUGAAGAAUGUAGAGCCAUACGAGACUCUCUCUUGGCCUUCCACGGCUUUCCUCAAGAGUUUGCAAAGUAUCGCAAACAGAGACCCUAUUUAAUAACUCUACAAGACAAAGAAGAGUCCCCCCACUUAAUCAACAAUUGCGAUGGAAAGAAUGACAAUGUGGUGAAAGUGGAAGAAGAAGAAGAAGAAGAAGAAGAAGAAGAAGAAAGUGCUUUGGAUGGUUUAGUGAAAACAGUGCUAUCCCAGAAUACUACAGAGGUUAAUUCUCAAAGGGCUUUUCUUAAUCUCAAGUCUGCCUUUCCAACUUGGGAAAAUGUACUUGCUGCUGAAUCAAAAUUUAUAGAGGAUGCCAUAAGAUGUGGAGGUUUAGCUCCAACAAAGGCUGCUUGCAUUAGGAACAUAUUGAGUUCUUUGAUGGAGAAAAAAGGAAGAUUAUGCUUGGAGUACCUUCGAGAUUUGCCAGUUGCUGAAAUUAAGGCUGAGCUCUCUCAUUUCAAAGGAAUUGGACCCAAGACAGUAGCUUGUGUUUUGAUGUUCAACCUUCAGAAGGAUGAUUUCCCAGUGGACACGCAUGUGUUUGAAAUUGCAAAGGCCAUUGGUUGGGUACCACCAGUGGCAGACCGCAAUAAGACAUAUCUUCACCUCAAUCAUCGCAUACCAAAGGAACUAAAAUUUGAUCUGAAUUGUCUUCUAUAUACACACGGUAAGCUUUGCCGUAAAUGCACUAAGAAAAGUGGCAGCCAGCAAAGAAAGGAAACCCAUGAUGAUUCCUGUCCUCUACUAAAUUAUUGUGUAAAAUUAUCAUGACCAGAAUGAACAAAAUAGUUUUAGGAUUUCCAAAAUAGCCAUACGUGGCCACUUUUUUCCCCGAAGAGAGAGCAUUACUAUUCUUUCUCCUGAAUACUUCAAGUUGUAGAUCCUACUGGUGAUUUGCUUGGAAAAACAGAUAAGAUGGAGGAUUUAUAACAUAGAAUCCAGCUAUCUAUAACAUUUUCCUAGAUCAUGUGUACAUAUAUGAUUCAAACAUUAUAAAUAUAUGUUCAUCUUUUUCUUCCUGAA